GAAAGUGGAAAAAAAAGGGUACCCUCUUAACUUGUGCAGGUGGGCCGCCCAUCCAGCACCAACGAGGCAACAACUAAGCUGCUGCUGAGCCAUUCUUCGUCCUCCUCCUCUUGUCUCCUCCCUCCCCUCCAUCUUCCUCGUCGAUCACCUCCAAGCUCCAGCUCCCCAGCCCCGGGAUCUCCGCACACGGUAGGUGACUCGUCGAGCUUCCUGGCAGCACCCAUGGAGAAGAGGAAGGGGAUUCUGGAGCUGCGCGACCGCAUGGACAAGACCCUGUCGUGCCCUGAUAUCGCCGACGAGGGCUCUUUGAGAUCUCUGGUAAAGAAGCAGAUUUUAGAGUCGUCUCUGCCUGGCUCCAACCAAGGCGAUAUCGACGUUAUUGCUGAAGCACGGGCCAAAGAAGUUUCCAAUUUUCUUGAAAUGCUAGAUACUUCAGGAAAUAAACGGCCUUCAGAGAUUCAUGGGCCACAACACAAGGAGUGGAAGGUGAAGCAGGAUACGGACCAAUUAAGAGUCAUGUAUCGCGAGGGCCCAGAUGGGACCCCAUUUCAUACCCUUCUUGCCGAAGGCUUUGCUGAUGGUCCUAUCGAUGUUUGUACAUGUGUGUCAUGGGAAUCAGGUCUAUACAGAAAAUGGUUUCCUCAAUACAAUCUGCCAACUUUUAAAAUUGCCCAAUCAGGUUGCUUAAAAAAGGUUCGGAUUGGUGAAGAAAUUUCUUUGAUCAGGGUGAAGGUCCCAUGGCCAGUUUCAGAGAGAGAAGCUCUUCUGCACUACUUUCAGUUUGAGUAUCUUAAAGAAGAUCUUGUCAUUGUAAUUAUGAAAACUAUAUCCGAUUUGGAUAAUAUAAAUAUGCAGACACAUGGAUUUACUACGGAUGGAAUUCCUGAAGCUGGUGACACGAUUCGGAUGGAUGUAGUUGGAGGCUUUGUUUUACAGAGGAUUACGAAGGAAAAAAGUUUUUUCAGGGCAGUAGCGAAUAUGGACAUUAAGCUAGACUUUGUUCCCCCAUGGUUGAUCAACUUUAUGUCAAGGCAGCUUAUUGGUAGCGGGCAUAAGCUGUAUCAGAAGGCUGUUAGUACUGUAGCCGCUUGUGAUGAAGACUACAAGCAAGCUUUACGAGCACCACUUUAUGCAAGAAUGCGUGAGUACCAGUAUUCUUCUAACAAGGCGAAUGUGAUGCCAAUUGAGAAAAAUGCUAAUGAAGUGCUACCUGAGAAUCCCACUGCAACGGAUCCUCUAGCAGUUACUAAUCUCUCCCCAAGCAGUGAGAUUGUUGAAGAGGAGAGUGAACAGAACACAUCCUUCAAGGUGGAUCAUCUUGCAACCGGCUCUUCUAACCAACUGGCCGAGCAAGCGCAACAAGACAAAAAUAAACCUUUUAUUAGUCCUGAGGUAGAGGAGGCUCUGGGCAUACUGGACACUGCUAUUGCAGUUCUCCAAGGCAAAAGAUCUGGAAAUAUCAGUGCGCUCAAGAAGUUCCUCAGUUACGAUGCAACUUCGGAAGAAGGCAGUGGCAUCAUCGGUUCUAGAAAUUCACAUACUAACAUUUCGGAUACAGUCAAUCUCCUGAAUGGACGUCCUCUUACCACGCCACCCCGAGAUUCAAGAGAGAUCCGGCAAGCUUAUUCCUUGCACCAUGAGGAUGUCCGCGGCAGGGAGGAAGGUGCUUUCGACAGUGAUUCUUCUAAAAACAUGACCACUUCUACUAUGAUAACAACAAAAUCCACGGCAUUGAGGAGCACAACAAAGGUGCAUGAAGAAGAGAGCCUGAAUAUCGAUGGCCUCCGUCCGAACGCUUUUCACAGUGACAAUGAGCCCAAGAGAGUAAGGAGGAUCAAUAGGUGGCUUUGGUGCUUAACACCACACCAUAGGAUGACCAGAGCCCACCGUAGUUAACCCCCGUUUUUUUGAAUAUACAGAAGAAAAUAGACAGGCUACACAAAACUGGUGGUUGGUUGAAAACGUGGGGAUAGAAUGAAAAUCCCGGAAGCAGCCUGUGAUAGUGACAGAGAGUAGAUCAUGUCUUUGGUAAAUGUAUAGUAGUCUUGUUGUAAUAUCAUGUAACUUAUCCCCGCAAGGCUUUAAUUUUGAGACAAUUCUUGCUAAGUACAUUUGGUGGAGGUUGCUGGCAAUGGAACUUUUUGUUGGAUCU